AGCGGUGCUGGCGCUGGCGCGGCUGGAGCCGCCGCCGCAUCGACAGCUCAGUCUGCAGGACCAUGGAGACCGGCGCCGGCUCCUAUCCGCUGCGCCUGUUCGCCUGCCUGUUGCCCCUCUGUUUAGCGCUGUUUUUGGGACCUGGAAGACCUGGGACCGCAGAGGAAGUUGUCCUCCUGGAUUCCAAAGCCUCCCAGGCUGAGCUGGGCUGGACGGCACUGCCGAGUAAUGGCUGGGAGGAGAUCAGUGGUGUGGAUGAGCACGACCGUCCCAUCCGCACCUAUCAGGUGUGCAACGUACUGGAACCCAACCAGGAUAACUGGCUGCAGACGGGCUGGAUCAGCCGUGGCCAUGGGCAGCGCAUCUUCGUGGAGCUGCAGUUCACGCUCAGAGACUGCAGCAGCAUCCCUGGUGCUGCAGGCACCUGCAAGGAAACCUUCAACGUCUACUACCUGGAGUCUGAGGUUGACCUAGGUCGUGGGCGUCUGCGUCCAGGCAGCAGCAGGCCCCGAAAGAUUGACACGAUCGCAGCCGAUGAAAGUUUCACUCAGGGCGACCUGGGACAACGCAAGAUGAAGCUGAACACUGAGGUGCGCGAGAUCGGCCCGCUCAGCCACCGGGGUUUCCACCUGGCUUUCCAGGACGUGGGCGCCUGUGUAGCGCUGGUUUCGGUGCGCGUCUAUUACAAGCAGUGCCGGGCCACUGUGCGCGGCCUGGCAGUCUUCCCAGCCACAGCUGCCGAGAGCGCCUUCUCCACUCUGGUGGAAGUGACCGGAACGUGUGUGGCACACUCAGAAGGGGAACCCGGCAGCCCCCCGCGCAUGCACUGCGGGGCAGACGGCGAGUGGCUAGUGCCCGUGGGCCGCUGCAGCUGCAGUGCGGGAUUCCAGGAACGUGGAAACACCUGUGAAGCCUGUCCUCCAGGGUUUUACAAGGUGUCCUCGAGAUGGCCCCUCUGCUCACCGUGCCCAGAACACAGCCGCGCCCCGGAAAGCGCCUCCACGUUCUGCGUGUGCCAAGACAGCUACUUGCGCUCACCCACGGAGCCGCCCUGGGCCUCCUGCACCAGGCCACCGUCGGCGCCCAGGGACCUGCAGUACAGCCUCAGCCGCUCCCCGCUGGCGCUCCAGCUGCGCUGGCUGCCCCCCGCCGACUCGGGCGGCCGCUCGGACGUCACCUACUCGCUGCUGUGCCUGCGCUGCGGCCGCGAGGGCCCGGCGGGCGCGUGCGAGCCGUGCGGGCCGCGCGUGGCCUUCUUGCCGCGCCAGGCCGGGCUGCGGGAAGGAGCCGCCACGCUGCUGCACCUGCGGCCCGGGGCGCGCUACACGGUGCGCGUGGCGGCGCUCAACGGCGUCUCGGGCCCGGCGGCCGCCGCGGGAGCCACUUACGCGCAGGUCACCGUCUCCACCGGGCCCGGGGCACACUGGGAGGAUGGUGAGAUCCGAAGGGACCGAGUGGAACCCCAGACUGUGUCCCUGUCCUGGCGGGAGCCGGUUCCUGCUGGAUCCGUGGGGACCAAUGGCACCGAAUAUGAGAUCCGAUACUAUGAAAAGGGUCAGAGCGAGCAGACCUACUCCACGGUGAAAACAGGCGCACCAGCAGUCACUGUUACCAACCUGAAGCCGGCCACCCGCUACGUCUUUCACAUCCGGGCAGCUUCCCCAGGGCCCUCGUGGGAGACACAGAGUUUCAACCCCAGCAUUGAAGUGCAGACCCCUGGGGAGGCUGCCUCAGGCACCAGGGACCAAAAUCCCGCAGUGGUGGUCACCGUGGUUACCAUCUCUGCCCUUCUUGUCCUGGGCUCCGUGAUGAGUGUGCUGGCCAUCUGGAGGAGGCCCUGCAGCUAUGGCAAAGGAGGCCGGGAUGCCCACGAUGAGGAGGAGCUGUACUUCCACUUCAAAGUUCCCACACGUCGCACAUUCCUGGACCCCCUAAGCUGUGGCGACCCGCUGCAGGCGGUCCAUCUCUUUGCCAAGGAGCUGGAUGCGAAAAGUGUCACUCUGGAGAAAAGUCUGGGAGCAGGGCGGUUUGGGGAGCUGUGCAGUGGCUGCCUGCAGCUGCCGGGCCGCCAGGAGCUUCCAGUGGCCGUGCAUACGCUGAGGGAUGGAAGCUCAGAUGCACAGAGGCUCAGCUUCCUGGCUGAGGCCCUGACGCUGGGCCAGUUUGACCACAGCCACGUGGUGCGGCUGGAGGGUGUCAUCACCCGAGGAAGCACUUUGAUGAUUGUCACUGAGUACAUGAGCCACGGAGCCCUGGAUGGCUUCCUUAGGCGCCACGAGGGCCAGUUGAUGGCCACACAACUGUUGGGCCUAUUGCCUGGGCUGGCAUCUGCCAUGAAGUACCUGUCAGAGAUGGGCUACGUGCACCGGGGCCUGGCGGCCCGCCGCGUGCUACUGGGCGGUGGCCUUGUCUGCAAGAUCUCGGGCUUCGGGCGGGGUCCCCGUGACCGAGCAGAGGCUGUCUACACCACCAUGAGUGGCCGGAGCCCAGCGCUGUGGGCUGCCCCUGAGACGCUGCAGUUUGGCCACUUCAGCUCAGCUAGUGACGUGUGGAGCUUCGGCGUGGUCAUGUGGGAGGUGAUGGCUUCUGGGGAGCGACCCUACUGGGACAUGUCUGGCCAAGACGUGAUCAAGGCUGUGGAGGAUGGCUUCCGGCUGCCACCCCCCAGGAAUUGCCCCGCCCCCCUGCACCGCCUGAUGCUUGACUGCUGGCAGAAGGACCCAAGUGAGCGGCCCCGGUUCUCCCAGAUCCACAGCAUCCUGAGCAAGAUGGUGCAGGACCCAGAACGCCCGAAGGGGGCCACCACUUCAAGUCCAAGGCCUCCCACCCCGCUGGCCGACCGUGCCUUCUCUGCUUUCCCCUCCUUUGGCUCUGUGGGUGCAUGGCUGGAGGCCUUGGACCUGGGUCGCUACAAAGACAGCUUCCCAGCAGCCGGCUUCGGGAGCCUGGAGGCUGUGGCCGCCAUGACAGCCCAGGACCUGCUGAACCUGGGCAUCUCAUCAGCUGAGCAUCGUGAGGCGCUUCUCAGCGGGAUCAGUGCCCUGCGGACACGAGUGCUCCAGCUGCAAGGUCAGGGGGUGCAGGUGUGAAUGGCACCCUCCUCAGGGCCCAGCUCCCCUGGUGCCAGGCAUUGGUGCUCUGCCUGCCCUCCUGGCAAGAGUGGCCUCUCGAUCUCCGGCUGGCGCUGGCUUGGGCUGUUUCCCCCAUUUUACUGCCUUCACCUCCAUCUGCACAGUCUGAGCACACAGGUGGACUCAGUGUCCCGGGGACACUCAACUCCUGGAGGAUCCCCAACACACAAUGGGAGGAAAAGCCAGCCUCAGAGACAGUGGAGGGCUGGGCAAGAUGAAGAGCGCUGAUCCCUGGUCUGGGCCCUCUGUGUGUCCCUCCCACUGGGGCUCUUGUGAGUGGGCAUGACCACUUGGGCUGUGCCCAGUGCAUGGGCUGAGCCUGGAUGGACACAGGCCCUGGGCACAGGGUGUGAAGAGGCUGUAGGUCAAGGUGUGAGGCUGAAUUCCUAUGUGGGCCACUCACUGGUUCACUCCUAUGGCCCAGGGUCCAGCCUUUGCGUUCAUUCCUUUUAGGGAUUCCAGCUGUGCUGGGAAGAGCAGAGGGAAAGAUUUUCUUUCUCAGGACUCAGGUGCUGCUGGUAACUUUGGGGGAUGGUGGUCAGGGUGUGCAGAGGCGGGUCUCCUCCUUCUGUACAAAGGGGGACAGCCAUGGCAAUAGGAAUCAGGGUCAGAGCUAGGGUCAUACCCAAAGCAGGGGAGGAUUGGCUCUGGAGAGGCUACAGCCUUUUCUGGGACACCCACAGCCUCCCAAGGUCAAUUGGGGUUUGCUCUAGAGGUAACCCCUUCAGAUCUUCAUGCUCUGGGUCCCACCCAGCUUCUGUGGUGUGCCUCUUCCCUCUGUGUCUCCAGAGCUCUGGCACAAGCCUCUGCUCAGUGUUGGCUGCAGAGUUCCUUACCCAGAAGCGCUCCCUGGAAGUGGUGGCCAUGUUAGGCCAGGGAUCUGGUGGGAGAGAAGGACAACAGCCAACUCUGGAAUCUGGGUUUGUUUGUGUGGUUCAGUCAGGGUGAGUGGGAAGGAGUUGAGUGAGGGAAGCACCAGCCCUCAGAGGCCCAGAAAGGCUGGAGAGGAGCUGGGGCCCCAAGGAUCACUCCAUGGGUCCCUUUCCACUGCCCACGGGCCCCAGCAGACAGCCGGGACAGGGCUAGAGGGUAGCUACCUGUGCUUGAUAGUGUGGGUGAGGUUACCUAGAGACUAAUGCCUCAGCUGACAGGGUGGGGGUGCUGGGAGCUGCAGCUCACCUUUGGAGGAGCCCCUAGCUGGGGGUCAGUGCCUCACAGCAGUGCCUUGGCCGUGCCCUGCAGGUGGCUGCUCUGCUCUCUUGGGUGCCCUUGUUCCCUUCUCCCAGGCCCUGGGGACACCUGGAUUGCUCCCACAUUUCCUGGACUACAG